GAUGUCCAGGUUCUUUUUUUUUUUUUUUUUAAAUUCUUUUGUUGACCCUUAUAUGACUUUUGGGAUGAAAGGCAAGGAAGACUAGUCCUUCAGCUGAAGUCUGAGAGCUGCAGGAGCAAGGUCUGUAGGAGCCACAGGACUGGGCUGCUGGUCUUCUGAGCUGGGUCCUUCCCUGCGGGUGCUACCAUCUCUCUACCUCACCGUUCUCGUGGGAGCCAUGAAGCUGAACAAGAGGAGUGUGGCCCACUAUGCGCUGAGUGAUUCUCCCGCCGACCACACUGGCUUCCUGCGUAGUUGGGGAGGACCAGGCUCUCCACCCACUCCCAGUGGCACUGGCCGAAGAUACUGGUUUGUUCUCAAGGGCAAUCUGCUAUUCUCUUUUGAGAGUAGAGAGAGCCGGGUCCCACUGAGUCUCGUGGUAUUGGAAGGCUGCACGGUGGAGCUGGCCGAGGCUCCUGUACCCGAGGAGUUUGCCUUUGCGAUUCGCUUUGAUGCCCCUGGAGUGCGCCCACACCUGCUGGCAGCGGACGGGCAGGCUGCCCAAGAGGCAUGGGUGAAGGCACUGUCCCGAGCCAGCUUUGGCUAUAUGCGACUUGUGGUGCGAGAAUUGGAGAUCCAGUUGCAGGAUGCCCGUCAGAGCCUGGCCUUGCAUCGCUGUGCAUCCCAGAGGGCUGUUGCCAGCUGCAGUAAACCUCAGGCUCCAGACCCCGAGAACGGCCACUUUCUCCCCAGGGACCGCAUUUCCACUGGUACUGUGGAAGAAAGGGGGAUCCGGCCAAUAGGUCGGAAUUUGACUGAGUGGGAGUUACAGGGCCCUGCUAGCCUUCUCCUAAGCAUGGGACAGAGCCCCGUGUCCCCUGAGAGCUCCUGUUUCUCUACCCUGCAUGACUGGUAUGGGAAGGAGAUCAUGGAGCUGAGGCGAAGGUGGCAGCAAAGGGCCAAGGGGAGCCAGCCAGAGAGCAAGUCACAGAAUAGGCCCUGAGCCAGAGCCCUUUAAGCUAUGGCCCUGUCCUGCUGGUCAGGAUGCCAGGGUCAGAACGUCAGGGGUUAAAUAUUUACUCAUUUACCAGGUUGCUCUGUGUGUGUGUGUGUGUGUGUGUGUGUGUGUGUGUUCCUCCUGCUCUGUAGACUUUCUCUAGCUUUCAGAUCCUCUCCUCUCACUGGAGUGAACUGAAGAAUCAUGACUUCCUACUUAUUUUCUGAGGCCUAGAAAGGCCAGGUGGCUGAUGGGAUGAUAAUGCAGGAAGGGGGCUGUGCUCUUUAGCCAUAAAGUCCAACGCAAGAAGUCUUGGGCGUCUCCAUGCCAGAGGUGACAGGAAGUGGCUUGAAGACUGACAUCGAUGUAGCUUGGGCAGGGCUCUCUGUAGGAGAAGGUCUUCAGGAGCUAAAGAGGGAUUUGUUCUCUCUCCCGCUGCCCUGUCAAUGUAGAGUGCUGGACAUUGCCCGCAGAGAGGCAGGCAGCCUUUUAUACAGAAGAAACUCUCCCUGACCUGUCGGCCACUUGUAGGCUCUCUUGUUACCUAGCCUGCUUGUUCCUAAGGCUUGUCUGCCGAGGGCUCUCAUAGCUACUCUGUCCCGCGUCAUUCCAAGUAUCUUUUUCUUUAGUUCUAAGGCCAAAUGGCACGGUUUACAGAGCCAGAAACCAGGCCCAUCCGUCCCCUUUAUAUAGAUGUAGUGACAGUGGCUGUGGCUCAAUAGAGAUGUAUACAGUUCCUAAACAAAGUCGGCCUCUUCCUGACCUCCCUCCUUUCUCUAUCUGGGGCGUUGGCGCAGCAAAAUCCAACAAGGCCUAAAGGCCAAACUUUGCCUCCAGGAGACUGAAUUCCCUGGUUUCUCUGGUCAGGGCCAAUUCCUGUGAUGCUGGCCAUGCUUCUCAAGCCUGCUUGUCACCUCGUAGCCAGCUGCCCUCACUGUACACACAGGUACCUUUGCUAAGUUUCUUGUCACAGUAGUUAAGUGUUUGCUCUUUUAAUAGUUUUGGUUUUUGGAGACCAAGUCUUUGUAGCCCACGCAGGCCUGGAACUCCUUCGCUUCGAAAGUGCUGGGAUUAUAGAUAGGAACGCCACGCCUCACUUGGUUUUGGUGUUUUGCAGCAGGACCUGGUGGAGAGGCCUGUUAGCCUCCCCUCGCCCCUUCCCUUUAUAACCAGAACGGUAAAGUUCCCACAGUUGGUAGCAAAGAGGCAGAGGAGGAUGAGGAGUUCAAAAGCAUCCUUGACUACACCGUGAGUUUUUGGCUAGACCGGGCUACGUGUGAGGCCCUCUCAGAAAGUUAUUCAUUUUGGUUAUUACAAUCAGCGUGUUUACAAAUGAAGAAUCAGGAGCCAGGGCUGCAAAGCCAGUGUCUGAGGCUAGUAAUUGAGUCCAAGAUCUUGGCUUGGUGGUACAACCUCCAUCAGGCCAAUCCGUCUAUUUGCGCUUGUAUCCUAGAACUGUAGGGGAAGGCCGCUGUCCACUGCACCCAUUGUACCAAUGUCCACAGAAACCGUGAGCUAUUGUUAACUUGUCCCCCCCCCCCCCCCCACCCCCGCACUACGUAGUUCUGGCAGUCCUGGAACUUACUGGAUUUGAACUCACAGAGAUCCUCCUGCCUCUGCAUCCCAAGUGGUGUGAGAUUAAAGGUGUGCGCCACUUCGCGCAGCUUUUUGUUACAGUU